AUGUAUCUACCUUUCAUGGGCUGUGGAGACGCAGAUAAAGAUCGAAAGGCGCUCGAGAAUGCAGUGCAUUUGAAAGAAGAUGAGCUCGAGACAGGGGAGCGAUAUGCAAUUGUCGCAUAUCACCGUCCGGCCUACCUUCUCCUCGCCUCACACCAUAUGUCCCAUAGUACCACAAACCCAUUCCCACGCCUCUGCGCUUUAAUAGCAUACUACCCCCUCUCAUCAACGGACCAGUUUACCUACCGACAAAAAGACAACUGCUCGCCACCGGGUUGCUCCGACACAAGCAGCAUUUUCGACCCGGGACCUAAGUCGACCUACCUCCCAAUCCAAAUCCACGUUCCUGGCCCGCGCGUGCAAUCCUGCGCACUCUGGCCAUGGAUCAGUCUCAGUGCAUCCGAAGGAGAUGUCACAUACAAGAAGCGACAUCGAUGUCACGUAUAUUCGUAUGCGGGAUCCCGAGCCGGGUUCGCAGAGCACAAUAUCUCAGAAGAUAAAUUAGGAGAAGUGGACGAGGAAGUCAAUGCAGAAGACGAGAUCAGCUCCCAGCUAGCGUGGAGUCGAGCCUUGGGAUGCCUGCGACGCUCAUUUGGCGUUGGGAGUCAUUGGGCCGUUGUUGAUAUCGAGACUGUUUGGGAGGACUACUGGGAUCGGGUCUGGGGGGAGUUGGAGAGUCGGAGGGAAAAUCAUGGCAGUGUUGCUGAACCUGCUGUCGAUAUGCUCACGAGACAUGACCAUUAUGGUGAGCUUGGUUGUCCUGCUGGACAAUCGUCUGUGACGUGUGUUCCUACUAUGGCCGGAGGCUCGACCAUAUCGACUUUGAGAGAUUUCUUCGCCCAUGCCUUCAUUCCUGCGGGACCGGCUGACCAGCAAAUUCGUCUUCUGUCACGCACAGUCGGGUCUGAUCGUAUUGUGGACGAAAUCACUUUUUCUUGCCGUCAUACGGCGGAAAUCCCUUGGCUUCUCCCUGGUGUGCAGCCAACGCAUCGGGAUAUCAAAGUCAUUAUUGUUGUAGUUGUGGGCUUCUGUGCUGGACAGAUCACGCGGCAGAGCUUGUAUUGGGACCAGGCGAGUGUGCUUGCACAGGUUGGAGUGAUAGAUUAUGGGCUUCUGCCAUUGGCAACACAGGGUGAGAACAUACAGCAUUAG